AUGAACCGGUCGGAUGCAAAGCACAAACGAAUGCAAGUGAUGCUUGAGAACUCAGCAACAUACUCUGAUGUCGAAUUCCAGGUUGGCCCAGAUGGCGAGAGCUUUUUUGGCUUGAAGGCCAUCUACGCUCGAGCUUCCGAGGUCUUCUCAAAAAUGUUUUUUGAGGCUGGGUUUCGUGAACAGCACGAAACCUCGCCGCGAGUGGUGGUUAAGGUUGAAGACAUCAUGCCAAAGUCGUUUCAACAGCUGCAUCGGUGGGUGUAUGACAUGGACGUGACUUUGACUUGGGAUACUGUUUUUGGUAUCCUCGAUGCUGCUCGCAAGUACAUGGUCGAGGACUUGGAAUUGCAGUGUAGACGUUGGGUGGCUUCAGAGGCCCGAGCAGCAGCAGGGGCGGUUGGCCUCUUUUCUGCUGCGGCAGCUGGGCAGUGGUUUCAAUGGUCGCAAGCGCUGCGCAGCCGGGUGGAAUCGUUUGGAGCAGCCGCACUUGCGGAGUGCCCAGAGGCCGUCCGGCAACUGCCCACUGACACUUUCAUGGAACUCCUCACAAGUGAGGAUCUGUGCGUGGCGAAGGAGGAGGAAGUUUUCGAGGCCGUUAAGGCUGGGACUCAGUGUGCCGAUGAGUGUAUACCUCAGGAUCCGGCAGCAGUGUGGCAGAAAAUCGCUGAAUCUGACGUCAUUCACUUCCCUCUACUGGACAUAAGGAGCAAAGCCUCUGCGUAUUUGUCUCCAAAGCUAUGGGUAGCUAUCCGGCUCGACAAGCGGCUGAAGGCCUUCGAGAUGAAUGUGCCGGGACCUUGGACGGUCAUGAGCUUCCAUGUGCUGGCUACGACAGCAGAAAGUCAGAACCUCUUUGAAGAAGAUCCCUCACCCGAAAAUUUGAUCGGGGUUUGGAUUUGUCCACACGACACACUUGGGCUUGUUCGAGUCCUUUGCAAGCUCAAUGACUCCAGAAAGCUCGCCGUGCUACCGUUGAUCAAAGUGCUGGAAGCCCUUGUGCGCAAGGCUGAGGAGUCAGCAACACCAGGCGGGUGCACCUGCGACCCGGUUUCCGCAGCCACUGAACUAGCUGCGCACCUUGACAAGAUUCGAUCCCGAAAUGGGCACUUGACUGCUUUGCAAAAUUUGCGGAGCCUGCAACAGCGGCUGGACGCCAUGAGCGGCACCACCAGGAAGGAGGACUGGAUGCUGUCGCCUGAUCGUGAAGCAUCUGCCUCACCAAGAUCCUAG